AUAUAUUUAAACUGCAGCUGGAGAAGGGAGGGCGGGAGAGAAGCAGUUUCUCGAAACAGCCGGCUGGUUCAUUCUUUUCUGGCUAGAGGGGCACCUGUGACUGAUAGGCCUUUCUUGAGAUCCAGCAGACUUUUUCCAAGACUGACUUGGAGGUCCCCGAACUUUGCUGGUGGAGAGUGAGCGAGCACCCAACCAUGUUGCACGCACAUCUGGAGCAGAGCAGUGCCAAGCCUCUUCCUGUAGUGAUCAUAGGAAACGGCCCCUCGGGGAUCUGCUUAUCCUACCUACUGUCUGGUAACAUUCCCUAUGUCCGAAGGAGCCCUGUUCAUCCAAAUCCCAUUCUGCAAAGGAAACUGGAAGAGACACCUGAAGUUUCCAUCUUAGACCAGGAUAUUGAGUACCUAUCUGAAGGUCUGGAAGGGCGAUCCUCCAGCCCAGUUGCUCUCCUUUUUGAUGCCCUGAUGCGUCCAGAUACUGAUUUCGGUGGGACUGCAGAUUCGGUCCUUGCUUGGUCACAUCAACCUGACAGAGCCAUUCCUCAUCUGGUUCUUGGCAAAAACCUUCCUGGAGGAGCCUGGCAUUCUAUCGAGGGAUCCAUGUUCACACUGAGCCAGGGAGACUGGAUGGGGCUUCCUGACCUGCAGUUCAAAGACUGGUUGAGUAAGAAGAAAAGGGGCUUCAGAAAUAACAGGGCAACUGCAGGAGACAUAGUCCAGUAUUAUCAGUACUAUGUGGCAAAGAAAGGGUUAAAGAAAAACUUUCGCUGUGGAACCCUUGUGACGUCUAUAAAGAAACUGAGUGUGGAUGUAGACUCCUGCUACAACAGUCAAGAUCCAAGAGACUCUAGCUCCACAUGGGAAGCACAAACCAACACCCAGGUAGACAGUGGGAGCCUCUUCCAGGUUGAUGGGUUUCUCACGACGGUCAGUGGUACACAGCCCUUCUCUGUGUAUGCGGAAAAUGUGGUUUUGGCCACAGGGACAUACGACAGCCCAUCCCGCUUAGGGGUGAAAGGGGAGCACCUUCCAUUUGUCCACCACACGCUCUCCGCCCUUGAAGAAGCUGUAAAGAACAAGGAGAUUGGCAUGAUGUCUGACCCGAUCCUGAUUGUUGGCGCUGGGCUCACUGCGGCAGACGCCAUUCUCUUUGCUCACCAUUGCAACAUCCCAGUGAUCCACGCCUUCCGCAGGAGGGUCAAUGACCCAGCCCUCAUCUUCAACCAGCUCCCUAAGACAAUGUAUCCCGAGUACCACAAAGUCCACCAGAUGAUGAAAGAGCAGGCCAUCCCUUACCCGGGGCCAUAUGAAUGCUAUGUCAGCCUUCCUGAGCACCACAUAGUCACCUUCACAGAGGACAGGAAAUGCAUCUUUUGCGAUAAGAGCGGCCACCAGAAAAUACACAACAUCUCCAUGGCGUUUGUCCUCAUCGGCUCCAACCCUAACCUAACCUACCUGCCCAACAAUGGUGUGGACUUGGCGGUGGACUGUGAGCAGCCGGUCAGCUCCAAGAGGAACCCCAUUGAUGUUGAUCCCUUUACCUACGAGUCUGUCCAUGAGAAGGGACUCUAUGCCAUGGGGCCAUUAGCUGGGGACAAUUUUGUGCGGUUUGUGCAAGGCGGUGCUUUGGCGGUGGCCAGCUCUCUGCUGAAGAAGGCCAACCCCAACCCCCCAUAACACUUGCGGACAUUCCCCUUAGAGAAAGACCCACGUCAGCCUUUGAGGUGAGGGGAACUGAACACAAGCAAGUCUUCCAAAUAUGAAGUCUCUCCACUGUAGCAUUCGGUAGGUCUGCUCUGAAAGGCCAGGUCGCAGAUUCAAGACAGUGAAGACAACGUGCUUGCGGGACGUUCGCUUCUCAAGCUGCCACAUGCCCAACCUUUUCUCCCUGCUUUACCAGUUGGAGAGGCAGCUCUAUGCAGGCUUUGGCAUACAAGAAGUGGAAAGGUUCUGGGGCAACUGCUGGUUUCUGAAUACUCAGAGUGAAAUUGGCAACAGGGUCUUGUUCGAAUGUAGAUCAGUGUUCACAUUUAUUAUGCAGAUUUCUCUAAUCUUCACUGUCCCAUAAAAAAUACCAUUCUGAACGGCUGUGAAAUAGAAAGCAUCGCUCGAAAAGAGUGCGUGACUUGGAUCCAAAGUUGCACAAAGCUGUAAACUUUAUUUUAUUUCUUGAUACACUAAUGGUGCCAAGCGGGUUUUUCUUGGCAGUAUUUGGCAGUAGCCCCUUAUUUCCCCAAAGUCCCACAAACAUUGGGGGGGGGGGAUCCUCUAGAGUACAUUUUCAGGAGCGUAAGAAGGUUCUGCAGCUAAGGUUGGGAUAAUUGGCAAACCCUUCUCCCCUGCCACCGUGUGCAUGUCAAGUUUCUAAAGGCUCUAAGGCCAUAACCUGCUUUUGUGGGUAUUCUUAGGGCAUCCUGAUGUUGAAUAUUGUGUUGUAGCCCAGCCUUCUCCAACCUGGUUCUCUCCAGAUGUUUUGGACUUUAACUCCCAUCAGCCAAAGCGGCACAGCCAUGCUUUCUGGGGCUGAUGGGAGCUGUAGUCCAAAAUACCAGUAGAGCACUAUGGUAGUUGGCAAAGGCUUCUGUACCUGCUACCCACUGAUCUCCUUUAGAGGUGUGGAUUUUGAGUAGCCUAGCUCAUGAAUGCAACAGCUGAAAUCUCAGGAAAUCCUUCAAUACCCCCUUGUUAACUUUAGGUCUACAUGCUGGAAUUUUAUAAACUUAAAUUUUGCUGGUUUUUAAGCAAAAGGUUUUUCAAAAAGAUUAAAAAAUAUUUUAUGUAUGUGUGGAGUAUUUUUUGUAUACUGUUUUUAAAUAAAAAUAUUUUGGCAUUUUACAAAUGUGUAGUCUCUCCACCCUCAAGCAAAGUUAUUGCCCCAAAUGUGUUCUGUUUAAUGGGGAUGUAUGUGGAUUAUUCAUCGCCAAGGUCAGUGCCUAGCUGGGACACAGAGUACCCAGUUAGCAACAUUUUCAACCAGGGAGAGCCAGCUGUAAUUUCUGUUCUGAUGCACUUGGGUGGCUUAAAUAAGUAUCUAGGGCUCACAUCUCUUUUUAUCAGGCAAGAUCUGCAGAGCAAACUAUUUGUUCCCAAGUUCCUGAAUUGCUCUUUUAGCACAGCCAACCUUGGACAGGUUUAUCCUUAAAUAACACUCCUGAACUUGUGUUAACUUCUGAGUUUACACAUUUGAGUGGAGGAAGAGAAGCUAUAGUGAGCUGGAAGUCAACCAACCCAUGCAAGCUCUGGGCCUCGUGAAUCUCCUUCACCCUUAUGGAAGAGGGAAGUGAAACAGAAAAUCGGAGCAGAAUUUGCCAGGCUGGAGGUCAAAUGGACUGGUGGUUGGAUCUCUGACACAGUUGCCAUUGUUUAACACAGAGAGGAGGAGGAGAGAGAUUUGGCCUGGCUGUGUUUUCUGUCUGACUUUACUGUGCAUGCUUUAACUUGUGUACUUUUUUGCAUGCACAUUAGGGUGUCGGUUUACUGAGUUCAGUUCCAGCUACAAACGCUUGAGGAAUUAAAUAUUUGUAUCAUGCCAAAUUAGCAGAUUAGGAGGAAGCUUCCAUCCUGUCUUCACCAGAUGACCUGGCCAGGAUGGAGGUGGGGGGAGUUGGUCAAGUCAGAUUCUGCUCCUCCACUUCCUGAGAGCAAGGAUAGCCCCCCAAAAGCAGCUGGCCAUUGGCAGUGGCAGCUGGGUUGGAGUCAGAGGUAGAGUCAGAAGGUUGGAUAUAGGUCCCGUCAUCACCAGCAUGAACAGAUCACCUCACUGCCUGAAGUAGCACUUGCUUGCAAGCAGACUUCUCAUUUGGGGUGAGAACUGGUGUCCCCUUUUUCUUUGAAAGCAGAGUGGGAGGGGCGUGUUGGGACAGUGUAUUUCCUUAGCCAUGUAUCCUAGCAAAGGAUUUGGGGUUUUCCCAAGCUGAGAGCAAGAAUCUUUCAUCCAAGGCAGGAGCCAGGGCAGGAACUACUUUCAGGUGUAGUUUAGAGAUCACUGAACCAAUUGAGCGAAAAUGGUUAAACCAUACUAGUUCAUUCCAAACAGUGCCCUAGGCUGGAGCGUGCAAAAAUGACACUGGCUGGACAUUGGCAGACUCAUCCAUCCCUAAUCUCAGCAAGCCACUUCACACAGCGCAGCUUGUAUAAUGGCUCCACAGCUGCACCCACAGGCUUGGGAAGCAAGAUGGUUGCUGGCAGGUAGAAUUUCUUGCUGCAGGGCUUUCUGCUGACCUCUGCUUCUAUGCCUGAUCCGCUCCAAGCACCGUCUCCUGGCCCCCACCCAACUCCCAGGAUUUCUGAAAGUGAAAGUUGACACAUUUAGCCCCUCAGAGUCCUGCAAGGGUCAGGCACUCCACAAAACUAUGGAACUAUUUUUUGGGACGCAGUACUCCAGGUGGGGUUAGAGUGGGACUAUGACUUCCCUUGAUUGGGAUACUAGACUUCUGUUGCCGCAGCCUAGAGCAUAACAUUAGCUUUUUUGCUGCAGCUGCAUCACACUGUUGACUCAGGCUAAGCUUAUGGUCUACUAAGAUAAGCAAGAUGUCCCCCAUCUUAUAUUUGUGCAGCUGGUUCUUCCUGCCUAAGUGUAGAAUCUUACAUGUGUCCCUAUUGAAACUCAUUCGUUUUUGCCCAGUUCUCGAAUCUGUUAAGAUCAUCUUGAAUCCCAAUUCAACUCCUUCAAACAGAGGGCCAUCCUCUGUAAAACAGGACACUUGGCCACCCUGACCUCAAGCUAAGUCUAAAACCAUACCCCUGAUUUGUUCUGAAACUAGGCAAAACCCUUUUCUCUUUAUACUAGCCUAUCUCCAUUCCAGGAGCCACAGUGAAGUUCAUGAACUGUAAAUUUCCAUCGUUGCACCACAUUGGCUUUCCAACUGCCUGUGCCUAAAAAAGAAAUAAGAAUAAAUAACUGGGCUGUAGGCCCUUGCUAAAAAUAGAUGCUUUGGCCAACUCUCAAAUUCCUGCAUCAGCAAGGACUGUAAACUGGUGUGUCUAAAUGAGUGGGGUGGGGAUAUGGGGUAUUUUUGGAGAUGACGCUUGCUGAUUCCCCCUCUGCCAUUCAAGCCCUUGAAGCUGAGCGUCACCCCCUCUUCAUACAGAAAAUUCCCUUGAAGCUGACCCAGAAACUCCAGUGGGUGCAGAAUGCCGCGGCGAGGCUCCUUAUGGGGUCCUUGCCACUGUACCACAUUCAUCCAUUUCUUUACCAGCUGCACUGGCUCCCGGUGGAGUACAGGGUCGGGUUUAAGGUGCUGGUUUUGACCUUUAAAGCACUAUGCGGCCUAGGACCCUCGUACCUACGGGACCGCCUCUCCUGGUAUGCUCCACGGAGGACCUUAAGGUCCACAAAUAACAACACUUUGGAGGUCCCGAGCCGCAAGGUGGUUUGAUUGGUCUCAACUAGGGCCAGGGCCUUUUCAGUACUGGUCCCGACUUGGUGGAACGCUGUGUCACAAGAGACCAGGGCCCUGCAGGAUUUGACAUCUUUCUGCAGCGCCUGCAGAAUGGAACUGUUUCGCCUGGCCUUUGGUUUGGACUCAGUCUGAACCUUUUGUUUGCCUCUGCUUAUGGUUUUGA